AGUGCGGUCGGCAGUCCAGUAAGAGAGUAGAGCAGACAGCAGAGGAGGGGGUGUCAUCGGGGGAAAAAAACAACUAUAACAAAAAAGAAAUCCACUACACAAAACAUAAAGCCGCCAGCACAACAAAAGCCCCACACUAACCACAUCUACUGAAUAGAAAAGCAAACAAAAGCGACGGGAAGGAGGAAAAGUGUUGUUCGGACAAUGAGGAGCUGAGGAUCGGCCGAUUCCCGUGCGCUGCUUGGCUGGCUGGCUGGCUUGUGAGCUGCUCCCUCCACGUUGUGUGCUAUCACUUUUCUUUUUUUGCUUGUUUGUGUUGUUCCCCCUCCCCCUCCUGCUAGGACCCCUCCUCCUCUGACAGCCCUCCUCCCACCACCCAGAGCAGCAACUUAAAGAAAGAAGAAGAGGAGAGAGAGGAGCAUCUGCCGCUCGAUCGUUCAUCUAGGGGGAAUCUGAGCCGACUUCCCCGACUGAGAAGGGCCAUUUGGAAUGAUAAUGAUCCCAUUGCAUUGAGCUCAGGACAUUGGCCAUGGACAGGCUCCUGUGAUCUGGUGCGAUCUCCUUGGAUAAUAUACAUUUGAUUGUUCGGCUGUAUCUGAUCUCUAUUGUAAAGUCUAGAUCGUCCUGAUCCAAGACAGGUGACUGACACCACCCCCCUACAGACUGUGGGAGAUGUUGCUGGACGCCGGCCCUCAGUUCCCGGCCCUGGGUGUGGGCACCUUUGCCCGACAUCACCACCAUCAUCACCACCAUCACGCCGCGGUGGCGGCAGCGGCGGCAGCUGCCGCAGAGAUGCAGGAGAGGGAGCUGAGCUUGGCGCAGAAUAGCUUCGUGGAACCGGGGCACAUGGGGGCUUUCAAGCUGAACCCUGCGGGGGGCUCGGGAGGGGGCAACGGUGGAGGCGGUGGAGGUGGAGCGGGCUCGGGUGGGGUGGCAGGGAGCAGUGGACCUCAUGACUUGUCCCCGCCAGGGCAGAGCUCAGCCUUCACUUCCCAGGCGGGGUACCCAACGUCUGCCCUGGCUCCGCAUGCCGCCUACACGGGCGCCACAUUCAACAGCCCCCGAGACUUUAUAUUCCGCGGGCGAGGCUUUGCAGAAGGGGCUUCUGCAGGAGGGGGCCAGCAUGGCUUAUUUGGGCCCCCAGCAGGCAGCCUGCACCAUCAUCCCCACCAUCACCAGCUAUCACAUGGGGAGCACCCACAGAGCCACCUGCUAUUUCCUGGGAUCCAUGAGCAGCAUGCUGCAGCUUCCCAGAACGCUCUCGGUGGACAAAUGAGACUGGGUCUGCCCGGAGAGGUGUUCGGAAGGACUGACCAGUACCGCCAGGUGUCCAGCCCCAGAGGGGACCCCUACUCUGCUGCACAACUGCACAACCAAUAUGGCCCAAUGAACAUGGGCAUGAACAUGGCUGCACACCACCAUCAUCACCACCACCACCCGGGGGCUUUCUUCAGGUACAUGAGACAGCAAUGCAUCAAGCAGGAGCUCAUCUGCAAGUGGGUCGAACCCGAACAACUCAGCAACCCCAAGAAAGGCUGCAAUAAGACUUUUAGCACCAUGCAUGAGCUGGUCACCCAUGUGUCUGUGGAACAUGUCGGGGGCCCCGAGCAGAGCAACCACAUCUGCUUCUGGGAGGAAUGUCCCAGGGAGGGAAAACCAUUCAAAGCCAAAUACAAACUGGUCAACCACAUCAGAGUUCACACUGGAGAGAAGCCUUUCCCAUGCCCAUUCCCUGGAUGUGGCAAGGUCUUUGCCCGAUCAGAAAACCUUAAAAUCCACAAAAGGACUCAUACAGGGGAGAAGCCUUUCCAAUGUGAAUUUGAAGGUUGUGACAGGAGAUUCGCUAACAGCAGUGACAGAAAGAAGCACAUGCAUGUUCACACUUCGGAUAAACCCUACUUGUGCAAGAUGUGCGACAAAUCGUACACUCACCCCAGCUCUCUGCGGAAACACAUGAAGGUGCAUGAGUCGUCCCCUCAAGGUUCAGAGUCGUCUCCAGCUGCCAGCUCUGGCUAUGAGUCUUCUACUCCCCCAGGGCUGGUGUCACCCAACACGGAGACACACAGUACCAACCUGUCCCCCGCGGGGGCCGCAGUGUCUGCAGUGCACAGUGUAGCCAGCGGCGCCGCAGGGCCCCUGUCGUCAAAUUUCAAUGAAUGGUAUGUGUAGGGGCCACCGCUGGCUCUAGUGGGACACUUUGGAGGCCACCAGAGACAAUGCAGCACUCCAAAUUCACCAGCUACUGUUCUAACACGACCAAGUGGACAUUCCUGGGAAGGAUUAAACUGCACAAUCCUAUCAAAAAAUGAGAGCGAGAGUGUGUAUGUGUGUACCCGAUAAGAAUCUAUUUAUUCUCCCAUCCUUCUACCCCAAAGAAGAGCAAAUGAUUUUACUCUGCCCACCCCCUCCACUUCUACCCCUCUUACACUGUACAUAGUUCACUUCUCUUGCUUGAGAUGAAGAGGACAUUUUAAUCUACUUGUUGUAUAGCGGUUUUAUCCGGUUGUAUAUACAGCUUCACAUAACAAGUGCAGGACUUUUAUCUAAAUUCACCAGUCUACAAAUACAGCAAAGGAGGGGGUUUCCCCCCUAGUUUUUAUUUUUGUAUAUUCCUUUGUGUAUCGUGCCAUUGGUAUUGUGUCUUUUUUUUUUUCUAGAGGAAACAUGAUUGUAAAUGUUCAUGCAACUGGGCUGGGAAAUAAUAAAACUCCGUGCCAAAGUCUCUCCUGUGUUUUUUGGAGUUCCAGAAGGCAGUCCCCUUUAUACACACAGGCUUGUGAAUGUCAUUUUCUGUUUCAUGUGACGUUUUCUGUGCUUUCUCCAGUUCAGUUUGUUGGUGGUGACUGUUUGAGAGACCCGUGGGGAAGGGGGGAUUCAACGUUGUGCAGUCCUUCCUCCUGUAAAUAGUCCUUACCAUAUUUAUCCAUUUGUAAUUAAAUUAUGGCAUUAACUUGCUACAGAGGAAACACUAUUUAUAAAGAAUGUUUCUUAAUUAUAAAUAUGUACAAUUGUGAGCAUAAAUUGUUCUCAGAUUUUUUUUUUUCUUAUUUAAAGUGGUUUUAUCCUUUCUGUGACUUGUUUUAAGAGUAAAUGCAUACAGACCUAUAAUAAAUUGUGUUGAAACUGCA